CAUAUUUGACUUGAUUUUUGCUUGUAAUUGUCGGCUGAAAAUUCUGACAGUGUAUAUUUUUUAGUUCAAGUUAUUAGUUUUACAAAAAAUCUGAAAAAUGCCAGACCAUUUAGGAGAUGAUAUGAGAAAAGUAAAAGAAGCAGACAAGGAGGAACCCGAAAAAGAAAUUAAAUCUUUGGACGAAGGUGAUAUUUAUUUACUAAAAGCGUAUGGUCAAGGCCAAUACACUCAAACAAUCAAAACUAUUGAUGAAGAUAUUCAAACAAUUAUCAAACGAGUAAAUGAAUUGACUGGAAUUAAGGAAUCUGAUACGGGUUUGGCACCACCGGCAUUAUGGGAUUUGGCAGCUGAUAAACAAACACUACAAAAUGAGCAACCCUUACAGGUUGCACGCUGUACAAAAAUUAUUAAUGCUGAUUCAGACGAUCCUAAAUAUAUUAUUAAUGUAAAACAAUUUGCAAAAUUUGUUGUUGAUCUAGCAGAUUCUGUAGCACCAACUGAUAUCGAAGAAGGAAUGCGUGUUGGUGUUGAUCGUAACAAAUAUCAAAUUCAUAUUCCAUUACCACCGAAAAUCGAUCCAACAGUAACGAUGAUGCAAGUUGAAGAAAAACCAGAUGUUACAUACAGUGAUGUGGGCGGAUGUAAAGAACAAAUCGAUAAACUUCGUGAAGUUGUUGAAACUCCAUUGUUACAUCCAGAGAAAUUUGUAAAACUUGGUAUUGAACCACCAAAAGGUGUGUUGUUGUUUGGACCACCCGGUACAGGAAAAACAUUGUGCGCACGUGCUGUAGCAAAUCGUACAGAUGCAUGUUUCAUUCGUGUUAUUGGAUCAGAAUUGGUACAAAAGUACGUCGGAGAAGGUGCUCGUAUGGUGCGUGAACUAUUCGAAAUGGCACGAUCCAAGAAAGCAUGUUUAAUAUUCUUCGAUGAAAUUGAUGCGAUUGGUGGAGCCCGAUUCGAUGAUGGAGCUGGGGGCGAUAAUGAAGUACAACGUACUAUGUUAGAAUUAAUCAACCAAUUAGAUGGUUUUGAUCCGCGUGGUAACAUCAAAGUUUUGAUGGCAACAAAUCGACCUGAUACAUUAGAUCCAGCCUUAAUGCGACCCGGACGUUUAGAUCGUAAAGUUGAAUUUGGUUUACCAGAUUUAGAGGGACGUACGCAUAUAUUUAAAAUUCAUGCUCGUUCAAUGUCAGUCGAACGUGACAUUCGAUUUGAGUUGUUAGCACGUUUGUGCCCAAAUAGUACUGGUGCUGAAAUUCGAUCUGUGUGUACUGAAGCGGGAAUGUUUGCAAUUCGUGCACGUCGAAAAGUUGCUACUGAAAAAGAUUUCUUAGAAGCUGUAAACAAAGUCAUUAAAUCGUACGCUAAAUUUUCAGCUACUCCACGAUAUAUGACUUAUAAUUAGAUUUUAAGGAUUAAUUUACUAAUAAAAAAUUUAUUGUAACACU